UUACCAAAAAUACAUAACAUCUUUUAAAUUGUUACUUCAAAGGUGCGCCUCUCUACCAUAUGGGCAUUCUGUCGUCUACUGUUACUACAGUUAUAGAUUUUCAGAAUUACUAAACGGAAUAAAACUUAGUGGAGUGUUUGUUGCUGUAGCAGCAGUAGCUGAUAUACAAACUCCAAGUUAAUUGUUAUUGAGGCAGCCAGUCGAACAAGCCCUGCCCAUUUCUGUAUAUACUGCUUUUUUCUCAAACGUUUUCAAUUAGAUAAUUUCAUUACAACCUUUUUUCGUUUUAUAAUCAAUUCAUGAAGUACACUACCCACUACGAUUUCUUCAUUGUGGCUUUUAAUUUUCUUUCAUACAUGUAGUCGUGGCUACCUACUUAACACACCUAUUUCUGUAUACGUAUAUAGCAACCUCGACACGCAACGGAUCCAGCGAGCUGCAACAUUGUGAAACUACUGGGCAACGUUAAAAUAUUUUUUAGAUAUAAUUUUUAUGGUGUUUGUAAUUUUCCAUUAUGUUCCUGGCAACUUUGUUCCGCAAACAGCGUUUUAUACAAGUUUUCUUUGAAAAUACCAACAGCCUCCGUGUUUUGCCUUCCCAAAUUCCAUGCAAAAUAAAAUCAUAUAAAACGAAUAACUUUAGUAACACCAAAGCUUUAUAUCAUACCACAACAUGGUUGAGCACUUUGAAAUCUCCUCAAGAUCCAGUUAGGUCAUUUGACUGCAGCCAUGCUGGAGCACCACCUUUUAAUCGAGCAAAUCGACCUCAGGAUUUAUUUGUUCAAGUAGCUGAGCAACAAGUACGCAACCAAGAAGUUGGCAUGAUGACAGAAUUAGUCAGAGAUUUUUUAGAUCCUGCUGAUUUUUACAAAGCAUUGCAUAAUAUAGGCAUAGAAUACUUCUGUGGUGUUCCUGAUUCUUUGUUAAAAGACUUUUGUGCAUAUAUUGCUGAAACAUCACCGAAGGAUAGACAUAUCAUUACAGCCAAUGAGGGCAGUGCAGUAGCUUUAGCAACAGGCUACCAUCUUGCAACUGGAAAAUCAAGUUUGGUUUACCUCCAGAAUUCUGGUCUUGGAAAUAUAGUAAACCCUUUGAUGUCACUAGCUUCAACUAGUGUCUACAGUAUUCCAAUGUUACUUCUAGUUGGAUGGCGAGGUGAACCUGGCAAACGAGAUGAACCACAGCAUCUAGUUCAAGGACACGCUACACCAGGCCUUUUAGCGUCCAUGGGUAUACCAUUUCAACCUUUACCAGAUUACCAAGAAGGAGCUGAACAGGCUUUAAAAACUGCCCGUCAUUAUAUGGAAAGUUCAAAAGGUCCUUAUUGUUUGCUUGUAAGGAGGCAAACAUUUCUUCCCUAUAAAUUGAGAGAAAAAACUCCUGAAUUUUUACUGACUCGUGAGGAAGCCAUGAAGAUUAUCAUUGAUAACAUUGGCAGUAAAGAUGCUGUAGUCAGUACAACAGGAAUGUUAUCUAGGGAACUAUUUGAGUAUAGAGUCGAAAAAGAUAUGGGUCAUGAACGUGACUUCCUCACUGUUGGUUCCAUGGGCCAUGCUUCAGCAAUUGCUCUUGGAAUUGCUUCACAGAAACCUAACAAACAAGUAUUUUGUCUCGAUGGAGAUGGUGCUGUUAUUAUGCACAUGGGUGCAUUAAGUACAAUUGGUCAGAGAGGAUCUGAUAAUCUGAAACAUGUCAUCAUUAACAAUGGCUGUCAUGAUUCUGUUGGUGGUCAAAUGACAGAUGCUGGAAACCAUGACAGCUUUGAUUUCUGUGAAAUAACCAAAAGUUGUGGUUAUAAAGAUGCAAAAACAGUUAUAUCUGAGGAAGAAUUAAAAGAAGGAAUUCUUUGGCUGCGACAAACACCUGGGCCUGCAUUGCUACAAGUCAAAGUCAAUGUAGGUGGACGUAGCAAUCUGGGGCGCCCAACACGUACAACCCAUGAGAACAAAGCUGAUUUCAUGCAUUUUUUGGCCAUAAAAUAAAAGCAAGUUGGUGUAGGGAAACAUUGUUUACAAACUAUGUUUAUGAUUAUUAGUUUAUUCGAUUUCAGCUAUAGAUUGCAGCAUAUAUUAGUGAAUGAGAGUAUCAAAAGAAAAUGUAAUGGUGGACUAAAGAACAAAAAAAUCUUUCCAGUUCUAUAUUUAAUAGAUGAGGAAUUAUGUACAUUAUUUACAUUAUUUAUAUUAGAUAGAUAUUUGUCCUCAUCUUGUUUGUUGUUAAGAAAACGUUUUGGCUGAUAUACCCUCCAGCCUUCAUCAGGUGUCUUAGGGAAAUUUCGAACCUGGGUUCUCAUUCCUAAGGUAUUUUUGGAUGUUAUUAUUAUUAUUAUUAUUGUUCAGGUCACUGCUUGGAAUCAAACUCAGAAUCUUGGGGUUAGUAGCCCGCGCUCAUAACCACUACGCCAUAUGCCUGUGGGCAAUUAUGGAGUGAAUUUUAGGGCUUAUAAAUCUAGUAUUUUUCUAUCCUUCCUUAAUACCAGUUCCCAUAUGCUGCUCAUAUCUGCACUCGGUCUGCUUAGGAGGUAGUUGUGUCCUAACAUAUGUGCUGUUUCUUGUAGUUUUUGUAUUUUCCAGUGGUCGCCAUUUUUCCAUACAUGAUCAGCUAUACCAGAUUUAUCAAUAUCUUCUCUUGCCACAGCUUUGCGAUGUUUGUCUACCCUUACUUUGAAGGGGCGGCAUGUUUCGUCUUUGUAUGACCUACCAUAGCUGCAUGGGAUGGAGUACACACAGUCUUUGGUCAUAUUCUCUUCUAUUGGUGGUUUUACUUGAAGGAGAUAUUUGCUAAGUGUUGUAUUGCUCUUGAAUACUGUCCUGAUGUCAUAUGGGCCGCAUAUCUUUCGUAUCUUUUCGGAGAGGCCUUUCACAUAGGAUAAACAGGCUGUGGACAGUUUAUUGGCUUCAUCCUCUCUCUUCUUCAUAAUUGGAGUGGAUAGAAUACUUUUGGGAUAGUUGUUGCUUAACAGAUCAUUAUUGAGCUUGCUCAUUUCUUCAUGGUGUGUAUCACGAUCACUACUUAUAUUCUUAGCGAUUGUGAUACACACCACGAAGAAAUGAUCAAGGUCAAUAACGAUCUGUUUAGCAACAACUACCCCAAAAGUAUUCUAUCCACUCCAAUUAUGAAGAAAGAGGACGAGGACAAUAAACUGUCCACAGUCUGUCUACCCUAUGUGAAAGGCCUCUCCGAAAAGAUAUGCAGCCCAUAUGACAUCAGGA